GCUACGAUGGCAUAAUUUUCAAUUCGCACGUUUUCACUUUCACUACGACGGUGGCAACCGGCGAGUGUAGACACGCUUUUUUUUCAACCAGCGGGAAGAAGCUUCAAAGCGCGAAGAAAAUUCUCGCGCGCGUUGCGAUCUGUGACACGAUUGGAAGGAUGCGAGCAACCUGCUGCUGCUUACAUUCUGAGGUAGCAGCUAAGUGGAGCAUCGUUUUCGCAGGAUGAUAAUUGUAAUCGAUGUUUAUUGUCUCCUUCUAAGUGUGAUUGUUGUGUUUUCGGUGGCAGUGCCGGUGCAAUAUCAUCAAGUACGAAUAUAAAAAGAAUGUAAUAAAACGGAGAAGGUGGCUCAGGUGUUUGUAAAAGUAAAAUUUGUCGGAUUUAUGAUGCCAAAAUAUGCCAUGUUAGAUGAGGUGAUACGUGAUAAACAGUGAAAUCCCCGCCAAACAAUAGGGAUAUCUAUCCGAAGAAUGUUCGUGCCGUUCUUUCUGCAAGCAAACAAUUCGCUAAUAUUAUUUGUCCCACAUGAAUGCGUAUCAGCAACGACAGAAGCGGAACAUUGAAUGCCACUUUUCAGUUCAUAAUUCCCUCGAAGAGGAUUUGUACUUCAAGCCGACGUAAAAUUGUUCCCUGUCGGAUUCAAGGUUACCGAGGUUUAUUUCGUGGAUAACAAAAGGACUUGUGAUUUUGUUUUGAUCUCUUUGGGACGUAUGUAACCCUGAUUACUUCCGGAAGCACGACGCGACGCCAGUAUGAACAGAAGAAUGCCAAUCGGAUGGAAAGCGUGCUAAAUUACCGCAUCCCACUGACUCCCACUGGCUAAUCAGACUUUCGGCAGCGGCCCAAUGGAAUCCAAUUCAAUUAAUUGUACCACCAACAUCGGUUCGAGUCACAAUUGGACCUGCUUCGUUGUGCACUACGACACGGACCCGGUGCUCUCGGCAAUGGCUCCAUCUUCGAGUGUCAAUCUGAGCGGGCUCAAGCUCGAUGAGAUGGAGCUUGAGUCGGACCUCAAGGACUACACGCUGCUGUCCUACGAUCCAGCUUACCAACUGCGAUACGGCAUACUAGGAACGGUUCUGCUGAGCGUGGCCUAUUCGUUGAUCUUCAUCGUCGGUCUGCUGGGGAACAUCUCGGUCGUGAUUGUGGUGAAGAAGAGUACCAUGAUGCGCUCGCCGACAAAUCGUUUCAUCGUGAAUCUGGCGUACGCUGAUUUAUUAGUCAAUUUUAUAUGUUUGCCGUUCACCCUGAUAGGGAAUCUAUAUCCCGCCUGGAUCCUGGGAGUGUUCUUCUGCAAAGCCGUAUCCUACCUGCAGGGCGUCUCGGUAUCGGCUUCGGUCAACACGCUGAUGGCAAUCUCGAUCGAACGCUGCGUGGCCAUUUCAUUUCCCAUCUCGGGUACCAUUACAACCAGGCAGUACCGUGUGAUCGUUUCAAUUAUCUGGACAGUCGCGCUGGGCAUAAAUCUCCCGUGGCUGUUUGUGUUCACACUGAAACCGAUCGGGAUUCCCGGCAGUCUAGCGCAGAUCUGCACGGAACUGUGGCCCUCACCGGCAUCGGAAAGCUGGUACUUUCUGUUUGCAAAUCUGUUCUUGUGCUAUCUCGGCCCGCUGAUUGUGAUAUCAAUUUGCUAUGUCAUCAUUUGGAAAAACGUCGCCUAUCGGAAACUUCCUCGCGAUCUGAUUAUCAGCCGGAAGAACGAAGUUUUCAACCAAAGCAAAGUGAAGGUAAUCAAAAUGGUACUUGUCGUCAUCAUAACAUUUACCCUCUCCUGGCUGCCGCUGUAUGCGAUAUUCUGUUUCGUUAAAUUUGCUGGAGAUCUUAUCUACGAGGAUUCAGUGCAAUCCUUCAUUUUCGGUAUCCUUCCGGUGGCACAGUGGCUCGGCGCCGCCAACUCGUGCAUCAAUCCGAUUCUGUACGCGUUUAUGAACCGCAAAUUUCGGGCCGGAUUUCGCCAUCUGUUUCGAUCGUGCUGUUCCGCCGAAGACGUCGAAUGGGAUCUUCCGACGACGGUGGUUCGACACGACGAAUCCCGGGAUCAGGUGCUGCGAAGGAUACGCUCCGAGAAACAUUUCGUGCGCAAUGGAAACAGCAACGGCCAUCAAUCGGGCCAACGUCAUCCACUGCGGCACACACAAUCAACCAGGAUUCCGCAAUCGCGCCGAGGAAUUUGAAUUUCGGUUUCACACACCGCCAGUAAAGUUUAGUUUAGUAGUUCUUGUGGGAACAGUCUAUAACAAAGGUUUUCAGAACCCCUCUCAAAAGGUCGAACAAUAGUCUAGGAAUGUAGUGUGUAAUGUUUGUAUAAAAGGUGAAACAAAAGAAUAACUUGCAAAGUACAAACAAUAAUACAAAAUAAUGUUGCCGAUUGUUGCAAAUCUCAGCGAAAAAGGAACACAUUCGCCAUCGAAUAGAAACACAUAAUGAAUAUUAAUGAAAUCUAUUUUCGUAUCGUAUUUUUGUGAUAUUUAUAGCUGAAAGUAAAAAGUAUUUAUUGUGAUUCCCGUCAGAAAUAAAUAAACUUAUAAAGUUG